AAUGGCCAUAUGGUUACAAAUUAGAAUGCUAUAAGUUAUAAUGUUGUCUGGUACUUUCCAGAGUGUUCACAUUUGCAUGUGGUUGAUCGGUUGUUCCCUUUGAAACUCAAUUCCUUUCCCUCUAUGAACCUCACUCUCUAUCACUUAGGAAUGGAGGGUUCAAAAUCAUUUGGAAUAAAGCAAGAAGGGUAUCAUAAUCCUUCAUCCAUCAUGAAAACAGAGGAAUUCUCGCUCCGACGCAGCAAAGUGAAGCAAGCAUUGAUGAUAUUUCGGAACUUGUUUUCAAAACUCUUUAGCGAGUACAAAACAGAUCACUAUGAUAAUGUGAAAGCAAAAUUUAAAGCUUUGAAUGAUGCUGCAAUGUUGAUGCAGAGGAAGCAUCAAUGGGUGAACUGCCAAAAACGGGUGGGGCAUGUCCCCGGGAUUGAAGUUGGAGACCGAUUUCAGUAUAGGAAUGAACUCAAUGUCGUCGGCCUCCAUCGCCAGUUUGUCAAUGGAAUCGAUUACGUGGGGAAGGGCAAGAACUCUUUAGCCACAAGCAUUGUUGUAACCAAUCGCUACGAUAAUGCUAGAAAUCAUGGUGGUUCAUUGGUUUAUAGUGGUCAUGGAUGGAAUCCUAAUGUGAAAGGUGGAUCUAUGCCCCGUGAUCAAAAGUUGGCCGGCGGAAAUCUUGCUUUGAAGAAUAGCAUGGAUGCUAAGAGUCCGGUGCGGGUUAUAUUGAAGGUUGAUGGAAAAUCUGGUGGAGGCAUAGAGAAGAAAACCAAUGAUAAAUUCUCAUAUAUAUAUGAUGGAUUGUAUUUGGUUGAGAAGAUGAUACAAGAAAGAGGAACUCAUGGGAAACUUGUAUUCAAGUUUUUGUUGAACAAACUUGAAGAGCUACCUUCAACUUGUGUUCCCCCCAAGGAUGAGGUUAUCAAGAAUGUCAACAAAUUUGGGCAACUUGAUAUUUUCACCUUGAGGAAAAGGCUCAAAACUAAAGGUUGUGCAACUAAAAAUGAUGUUAUUAUCAUGAAUGAUAUCUCUAACGGACAAGAGAAGUUUCCUAUUCGAGUCGUUGCAUCAACUGAUGGUAUUAAAAGGCCUCCAUCUUUUGAUUACAUAGUAAACAACAUUUAUGUUGAUAGCUUCGAGAAGCCAAUGUUAUGUGGUUGUGACUGUGUAAAUGGAUGUGUGGAUUGGGAGAAAUGUGUCUGUAUUGUUAAGAAUGGUGGAACAAUACCAUAUGACUCUAAGAAAAGACUUGCUUCUGGAUUGGAAUCACGUGUUAUAUACGAGUGCGGCUCUUCUUGCAAGUGUUCCUCAUCUUGCUACAACCGAUUAAGUCAACAUGGCCUUCAAUUCCAACUUGAAAUAUUCAACUCCGAAUCAAAGGGCUGGGGUGUUAGAACGCGCUCGCAGGAUAAUUUUUUCUCUAGUGGUGUCUUAGUGAGUUUGAGUCUUGGGGGGGAAGGGAAAAAAUUUACUCCUAAAUUCGUAAACUCUUUAAGAGUUUACGAGUUCGCACGAGAGUUUGAUAACCUUGAAAGGAAAGUCUUGAAGAUUGUUGAAAAGUGUUUCAUUGAUGCUACAAGACGCGGAAACAUUGGAAGAUUCAUAAACCAUAGCUGUUGUCCUAAUCUUCAAGUCAUGGAGGUUAUGUAUGAUGACAAUGAUAAGAACCUUCCCCAUAAAAUCUUUUUUGCAUUACAGGACAUACCUGCUGGAAGAGAGCUGAGUUUUGAUUACAACAUCUGCAAGCCAAGGGUUAUCGGGACUGGCAGCAACAUUUGCCAAUGUGGUUCACCCAAAUGCGUUGGGCGAAUUUACAUUUAA